CUCAAAUUCACAGAGAUGGAUUAUCAUAGUAUGAAGAGAAAAGAACUUCAAGCGCUAUGCAAGAAACACAAUAUCCCUGCAAAUUUGUCCAAUUUGGAGAUGGCCAACAAGCUUGCUUCACUUGUACAGGACAACGAACAGCGAGUAACACGAGGAAAAUCAUCCUUGAAGGGUUUGGCUGAAAUUCCAAUUGAAAAUGAUUCUGAUGUUGUAAAUGGGAAAAUCAAGAAGUUUAGGUUUAGUCCAGAAAAUGAAAUGAUGGAUUUUGUGAAAUCAGAUGCUAAUUUAAAUGAAACGAAGAGGGAGGGGAGAAGGAAAUCGAUGUUGAGACCUGUGGCAAAGAAGGGAGACCAUGUCAUUGAUAAUGUUGAUAGUGUAGAUUCCUUUAAGGAAAUUGUGGAUAAACCACUGGUUAGAGCUACGAGGUCUACAACAAAAGAAGCGACAGAGUGUGGUGCAGUUUUGGUUCGGAGUACUCCAUUAAAGAAGAAGAGAGGGAGAAGGGAGCUGAAAGAAGUUGAUGGAAGUGAUAAGCCACCUCCUGUUGUAGAAAGUACUGCAAUUGAAGAAAACCAGGUCUUAACCAGGAGAUCAUUGAGGAAUAGAGUGGCAGUGAAUGAGGUUGAGCAAGAAAGUAAGGGUGUAGAUGUUGUGGCUUCAAGGAAGAGUGUGAGGCAGAGAAAUCUGAAGAUUACGCGUGCCCAUGGCAGUGGUGACGUUUCUGAGAACAAAGCCCUUGAAGAGGAUGGUGGAAUUGCUGAACCUGAAAAGGGUUUAAGACGAUCGAAAAGAAAUAUGACGAAGGAUGAAGGCUCUGAGCUGUUAGAUGGAGAUUUGAUUCCUAGGGGUAGGAAUACACGGUCCCGAACUCAGGUGGCAGUGAAAGCUUCUGCAGUAGAUAGUGAAACUGGAAGAGAAACAAACGUUGAAGUUCAGAAAGGACCUUCCAGGCGGCCUGCAAGAAAUGGCAACAGGAACAAAUCUGUCAUGUUUCAAACAGAUAAUGAGGAGGAGAUUCAGGGAAAAUUGGAAGUAGUUUUACCACUCGAAGAACCAUUGAAGCGUGCAGCUAGAAAUCAUGAUAGGCAGAAAGCUGUUAUGCCUCAAGUUGAGAAUGGUAAUAUGAACAAAUCUGUUGUGCCCCAACUGGAUAAUGAAGAGGACAUUCAGGGAAAAUUGGAAGUAGUUCUAAUGCUUGAAGAACCGUUGAAGCGUGCAGCCAGAAACAAUGGUAGGCGGAAAUCUGUCGUGCCUCAAGUUGAAAGAGUGGGAAUUGAUUGGGUUUUGGCCGUGAAUGAGAAUAGGAAACCAGUAAGGAGUUUAGCUUUGGUCGGUGGAUUUGGUGUUGAAGUUCCCAAAGAACAUGCGAUGGUUCCACAGCUUAAUGAUCAUUUGAGGAGGUCAAGGAGCAACACUUUGAUGGUAUACCCCACUACUUCAACUAAGGAAGAAUUGGAUACUCAUGGACUUGUGGAAGAGAAUGAGUCACUGAGGCAAUUGAGAGAUCCUUUUGCUCUCAUAAAAGCUCCUCGGAUCAUAGAAAAAGUGAUGAGAUCAAGACAAAGUGGUUCUCGAGAUGAACCUGUGGCAAUUCCAGAUGAAGUUGCCAAUGCUGCUGGAGUGAUUAUACCAAGAAAGCGAGGAAGAGACCCAAUUCAGGAAGAAGUGGCUGUUGACAAUGGAUGUCCUGUUGAAGAACUUCUUAGACGAUCAACAGACAAGACCAUUACAAGUGAGUCAAUUGCACCAGGAGUCAUUGCUGGCCAAGAUGUUGAGAAAAGUACGGCAAAGAGUAGAUCGAAGCCACCAAAUUUAGAAGUUGAAGCUCCGUUACUUGAGGGCCCUUUGGCCAUUAAAGAACUAUCACUUGUAGAUGCUGAAUUUUCCAUGCCAGAAGUUGCAAAAACCACUGUUAACUCAGAUUUCAGCAGGGACAAUGGUGUCACGGACACUGAUGCUGAAAGGAGAAAGCUCCGAAGGAUAUCUCCUGCAGAGAAGCAAGAGAGCACUGUGAAGUUGCAGACUGAUCAUAUAGAGCAAGAAAUGGGGAUUUCUGUCCGUGAAUCUGUGGUAUUUGCAGAGGUGGUGAAUAAUUCAAUGGAGGUUUUCACAGAGAAAUCACUAGUAGACUGUAUCCCUAAGGCUAUUGAGAAUGAUUCGGCAGCUCAGUUCCUCGGUAGCACUGAGAUCAUUGGUUGCAAUAAUUCCCUUGAAGCAGAACCAUUGAGUGACUUAAAUGUUUCAGGUGACACAGGUUCUGGGGAGAACAUUUCUGUAGCUGACGACCCCUCACUUCUUGACCAAUCGGACUCCAUGACAAAACUGAAAGGGACAGAGAAUGAGGAAGAGCCAUCAGUGGGCAAACACAUUCACCCAAGUUCUCUUGUGGUGGAUCAUUAUGAUGAAAGAAUCUUUGUUAACAAGGAGCAGCACUUGGUGCAUUCUGAGGAGAUGAAUGGGGUUUCUAAACUAACUAUACAUGCAACGGCAGUUGAUGACCGAUUAUAUGGUUCUAACCAAAGUGGGGCCUUGAAGAAGAAUAAAGAAAAUGCUGUUGAGGAAACUCCAGAAGCUAGUUUUAUCGGUCCUUCUGAUGGAGAUCCCGUCUCUUAUAUCGUACAAGAGGACAAAGAUGGAGAGGACCCCAAAAGGUUCAUGGAGGCUUCUGAAUUGCAGGAGUCUACUACUACAUUAGGAAAACAAAGUAUGCAAGUGGAAUCCCCAUUAACAAAGAGCAUUAUGGCCAUUGAUGAACCACCAACUGGUGGUGAGUUGUCUGUGCCGGAGGUUGGUGAAAGUGUCAGGAAAACUGUCUCUAACAGGGGCAACUUUCCUGACCAUAAUGAGCAGAAGAGGAUGAGCUCUAUGAGAAAAUCUUACUUAGAGGAUGAAAGUAGUCCUGAAAGUGUUUGUCCUGCCCUUUCCAAGGAGGUUGGAGAUUUAGUAGCUGCGAAUUUGGAGAAGACUCUAGCUUCGAACUCUGUGAAGUUAAAUCGUGAAUCAGGAAAUCCAGUAACAGAGGUUGAUUCAGAGAACACAAACGGAGAUUCUGAUAGCAUAAAUUUGUUUGAUCCAGAAACGGUGAAACGCCAAAGUAACAUAAGUGAUGAGGUCAUUGCUGAAAUUAUCUCCCGAACUGACGGCUUUUCAUCAAUCCGUCAACUAGAUUAUUUUGAGGGGCUCAAUAAAACCACAGACUUAUCAAGGAAGCACACACGCAAAAGGAAUGGUGUCGGUAAUUAUGCUGCAGCAGAUGACAAGCACUUUUUAGAUUCAGCUAAAUAUUCUCGUGGUCAGCCAAAGGACUUCGAGAUUGCCUCUGACGAGGGUAGAAAAACUUGUAUGCUUUAUCCUUGUGAUGGGGAAAGAAAUGCUAGAAAGAUUGCUCAUAAUUUUGAAGAAUCUGUCGAGGCUGUUGAUUUGCAGGAGACCAUUUCAGUUGCAGGAAAGUGUAGAAAAGAUGGUUCUACUUCAAGCAGCCCCUGUUCUGUGUGGAUAACUCCUUGCAAACCUGAUACAAUCUCAAAUCAACAAGGGGUUAGAAUUGGCAGCCAAAAUAAAAUAGAAGAGGGUUUAACAACAAAUGAAAAUGAUCCUGAGGAGGCAGUAUUCAUGGGUAGAGCGUCACCAGCUGCUGACGAAGAGAGUAGGAAUGAUGGUUUUGGAGGAAACGUAUGCAUGCCUGACAUUUCCCAUAAUGUUGUCGAAAAUUUAGAUGGUCAACUUGCCAUGGUGACAGAAGGAGAUUCCGAAAGAAAAUGUUCAUCUGUUUUUGAGGAUGUCAUAGGGAGAACAAUGCAUGAAAGUUUCAUUGGAGAAGGAAACAGGUCAGUCAUUUCAGAGGAGAGGGAUAUCCGUAGAGCUGAAAGAAUUCAACUACCAGUCGCUGCUCCAGAAUCUACUGCCUUUUUCAAUGAUGAUAGUUCAUGGUAUGAACAAAUUUUUUUAGAGGACAGUGAUGAAAGUGAGCGAGGAUAUGUACUCAAGAAUUUGUUUGCCACACCUGCAAAUAGUAAAAAUGCUAAUGAAGAAGAGACAAUAUCUCCAGACAAGACUAAUAUCAAGGUAGGGGAUGGUAGAUCCAGUCGAAGGGAGGCUCAAGAUGUGAUGGGUGCAAAGGAAAGUGAACAUGGAAGUAAUUUACUUAAAAGAAACACAAUGCUAACUACUGAUGAAAAUAUAACCAACGAGCACUCCAAUCAAGAAGAUCAACUUCUUGAGAUUCACCUUGCCAUGCCAGAUAAUAGUGCAAAUUCUUAUGAAGGACUUUCUUGUCAUGAUGAAACAUUGAAUGUAGUGGUAUCUGUGGACAACGUUCUUAGCAAGAUGGGGGAUGUUAGAUCUACUGAAAGGGAGGCUGAAAAAAUGGCGGGAGCAAAGAAAACUGAACAUGAUACACCCAUACAAAGAGAGCAAGCUUUGCCAAUCACUAGGGCAAAGGGUACUGGUGGGGGCUUUAGUGAAAGCUUGCAAGAGGAUGAACUCAAAAUUCUGUUUUCCACACCAGUCACUGGUACAAACCCCUGCAAAAGAAAGAAAACUUUUGGCCAUGGCAUUAAAAUGGCAGAUGCACCCUUGUCCAUCGAUAAAACUGUGGGCAUGGUUGGUGCAAGGUUCAGUCUAGGGACAUCUCAAGAAUUUCUGCCAGAAAAGAAUGGUGAAUGUGAAAACCCAAUAAAUCAAGAAAAUAUGAUGCCAAUGACUAGUGAAGAAACUUCUGAAGGUAGUUCCACAGAAAGCUGGCAAGAAGAUCAACUCAAACUUUUGUUUGCCACCCCAGCCAAGAAUAGAAAUUCUUACCAAGAAAUGCAAUCUUUUGGUAUUGAAAGAGAAGUUACAGAAAAAGUAAUGCCUGUGGAAAAGACGAGGGAUGGAGGGAAUAGUCAAGGGGAUUCUGAAGACGGGAUAGGGAUAAAGAAAAAUGAACUUGAGGACACUGUAAACAUAAGAAACAUGUUGCGAUUCAAUGGUGAGGAGACAAAUGAUGAGGAUUCCAAUGAAAGUAAGGACAUUGCCCAGGAGAAUGCCAGCACUUCUGCAGCUUUAGCUGAGGUUAUACAUCAAAAUUAUGAAUCUUCUGAGCAAAUGACUGCUGGCCUCUUGGGGUCUGAGAAGGUGGUAGUAGAUUAUCAGUAUGUAUCUACAAAGAUGAAAGAUCAUCAGUGUGAAUCUACAAAAAUGAAUAACUCUCCGAAUCUUUCAGUGGAAUCCUUAUUAGAAGAAGACAGAAGUUGCCAUGAGACAAUUGGUAAAGCUAAAAAACAGAAGCUUAAUUUUGCCAGUUUAGAAGCCGACAAGAUCAGUGAUACCCCCGAGUUUAGAUUUUCUGCUCUUGCCAGUGUCAAGUUUGAUGGGAAUAGAGGUAAUUCGCCCACUGAUUUGUCUACAUUCUUCCAUGAAGCUGAAGAAGUUAAGAUGGGGAAAGAUAUGGAAGCCACAAAAGGUAGUGAUGGUCUUAGGGAUACCAGGAACAGAUCUGACAUAGAAGACAACACAAGAACUCAACAAGUUGUCACAGAGAAACUGUUUGAUGAUGAAGACACGGAGGAACUUAUCUUGGUUGGUGAAAUUGUUUGUCAGGGAUCAAACAAGCACUUAUGUGAGGAUGAAACUCUGAGCACAGCUGAGGAGACCAAUGAGGUGCAUGGUUCCUCACAAAACAUUAAUGACACAGUCCACUGUGCUCAUGAGUCCAAGGAUUCUGCUGAACGACAUAAUUUUGGUGAUGCUUUUGUAUUGAAACCGGCACUAGAUGUUUCUAACGUUGCAUCAUCAGAACAUGGAGCCACAGAGUUGAAUGGUGAGCCCCACAAGUUAAGCAUGUGGGAGAUUGAGAUGCUUCCAGGAGAUAAUAAAGGAGAAAAAGAUAAGCUGAAUACAGGGGCCUCAGAAACCGAUUUUACAUCUGAUCACAAUGAGGCUGCUGAAGAUUUGAAAGAAAAUAGGACUUCGCUUGCUGAAGAGCAAUUGGGCAUGCAUGAGUUCAACCUGGAAGAACAGGUUGCAAAGCCAAAUGACAAUCAAAUUGACACUGUAGAUGCGCCCAUCUUUGAACAUGAUGAAAUCUUGAAGGAACAGGAUGUGGAUAUUGCCAUCAAAGAAUACCUUGAUUCCGAGUAUAAUGAGAAUGUAUCUUUGGACAUCGACAAUUCUACUGUCACCAUGCAAAAUGAAGUGUUGACAAAGGUUGUGAAGAGGAGUCACAGUGAACAUACUUCUUUGGUUGAGCCUGAAGCAGAUGGUGACAUUAUGUGUACAGAGAUAAUCAAUAUUGCUAAUGUUGGCGUGGUUGGUGAUAAGCCAUCAGUUAUAGAAGGGAAAUAUGAAGAAAACAAAGAAUCGAAAGAGUUGAGAGAACCUACUUCAAAAUCAAAUUCAAGAAUGGCAGAUCAAGCUCCCAUGAUCAGGGAUUCUGUUACCGAUAGAGGCUUUGCUGCUGAAGAUGCUUGGACAUCGCAACGAAAGGAUGACCCAGUUCGAAGUAGAACUUCAGAUGCAAAUGUUGAGGAAGGCAACAUCCUGCCUGCAAAGCAGUUGACCUGUAUAACACAGAAAAGGAAGAAUGCUAGAAUCAGUUUCGCCCUCGAAACACCAAGUAAGCUACUCAUGACUGCUGAUAUGAAGGAGAAUGCACCAAGCAUCAAGAAAGAUCAUAUUGGUAGUCUAGCUAUGGUGAAAUCAGCAACAAAAAGGCGUGCCUUAGAGGAACUCUAGAAGAAAUAGAAUGGAUCCUGCUGUUAAAGUUUUCUUAUCAAGCGACGAGUGAAGCUAUUCAUGAGAAAGAGUACCAUCAGAGUCCCUGUAGAUAAAAUGUAAGCAUAUCUCAUGCAACAUUUCAUAAUUUAAGAUCGUAACGAGUGUUAUGUUGUAAAAUUUAUAUUUUUAUGAACAAUUAUAAUUUGUGAAGACCAAGCGUUAAUGGUAAGAAACGCAUUAAAGUAUGUGUCAGGUUAUUCAAUGACAGGUUGUAAUUUUAUGUUUGACAAUCCACUUUGCAGGCAG